GCAUGGUUUUGAGUUUGUCUUGCGAAAAAUGACGACAAGAUCAAGAUGCGAAAAAAAAUAUACAAAUUUGGUCUAUGAGAAGAUGAUGAGAAAAUUAAUUAUUGAUUUGCAUGCAUUUCGUUGUUAAUUUUUAAUUUUUAAACCUUCUUUUGUCGGAAAAACAGGCGUCUGGCCCUCGAAAAAAUGUUGCGACAAAAAAACUUGGCUACAAAAAACGAGACGACGACGCAGUAAGAUGUUCCACCGAGGUAUGACGAUGUAGUUGCGACUUGUACGAUAAAAAAACUUGUAACGAGUGGCCCAAGUCUUUUGGAAAAACUACUAGUACGAAAAGAAAGACUCUACGCCCCAAGAGGAGGACGCGAUAUAUGACGAAGCGACUUUUAACUCUUUAACGAACAAGAAGCGUCUAUGUGUGAUAUAGACCGAAGAUCGUUAAAGAAGUAUAGUAUUGUCUUGCUCUUCAACAAGCUAGAAGCUGUACGAUAGUAAGCAAGACCGAAGUUUGUUAAAGGGAAAACUCUACCGCUAUCCACGGAGGUUGGGUAGGCGUAAUGGGGUAAAUUCAGGUUCUCCACCAAUGUUACCGAACGAUAGAACACAGACGAGGUCCGUAUUGAAGUUCAGUUUUCAUUUGUUGAGAUUCCCAAAAGACUGCUCGUUUUUCAUGAGAAGUGUUCAGCUUCGAAUUCGUUUCGCGCAUGAGAAAUCAUGUUUCUCGUUCUUCUUUCUCAUCGUGGAAAAAACAAUUCUCGC